AUGAGGACUCAUGUGUUCCUUCUAGCUGUGCUCUCAAUCUUCUGCUCUUGGGCACUCGGAAAUGAGGUUUUUAACUACAUGAGUACUACCAGUAAUGGUGGCUCAGUCCAGGAAACCGUGCAAAUUGAAAAUGAGAAAAACGUUGCCAUCAUCAACGUCCAUUCAGGAAAAUGCUCUUCCACCACCAUAUUUGACUACAAACACGGUUACAUUGCUUCCAGACUCCUCUCUCGGAGAGCCUGCUAUAUCAUGAAGAUGGACCAUGUAAAAAUCCCUGCUCUGGAUACACUCAAACGAUAUAUUUAUGAGAGAAAGGAGAUGCAAACCAUGUUUUCUUCCGAAUAUACUUGGGUGAAGUACAACCCGAUACAUUCCCUGCUCACCAAUAUUGAUUGGAUCCUGUUCGGUUCACCCAUAGAAGAUCUUUGCAGAGAUGUGCCCCUGUACAAGGCUGAAGUGGCUGAAAAGAAAACUGGUGCUAAGGGUUGUGCCAAAGUUGGACUCCUGGGCAUCCUUCAUAUUGGUAUCUGCGCAGACCUUUCUUUUUAG